CGAGAGAGAAAGAGGGAACGGGUCGGAGGGCACAGUGCCGCGAUGUGGGACAGUUGUGAUGAGAGCGAGUGCGGGGAGUUGAAUUCGACGAGGACGACGACUGAUCGCGCGAGGCCCGAGAUGUUCGAGCCCACGGAGCAGGGAAAGGAUCUCUGCAUCCAUACGGGAGUCGUACUUCGUGGGGCAAAUGCUAGAGAAGACGAGGUUCACAGUUCAGGAACGCUUAAUAUCGUGGAAUACAGUUUUGGCAAAUGUAUAGAAUGGAAGCCUGUAGAAGAUUCUGUAGUAUCGGAAUGUCAAGAUCAGGAUCCAGAAUGGUCUCUAGUGGAUACACAUACAAGGAGGACUCGUACAAAUUCGGAAGGUCCAGACUCCCUUGGACGUACGAGAACCGUUAAAAUAUUGUUCUCUGAGUUAAAGUCAUUUCGCGUGAAUCACGGUGGGCAGCAGCUCAUAUUUAUGCAGAGGGAUGGUACCACCUAUGUUGCCUUCUUUCAGCUGGCCAAUGCUGAAAGUUUUAUUAAUUCACUAAAAGGAUUUAUCAAAUUUGUAAAAUCGCGCUUUGACAAGAACUUGUAUCUAGUACUGGACGAAGUAGAAACUGUAUUGAAGAAAUCAUUUGCCGAGUUGGAUUUAUUUCAAGAAAACACUUCUGAUUAUGUAUGGAAAUUUGUGAAAAAUUUGCACAAUCGCCCUUAUGAAACGACAAUGGAGGCAUUCAGCAAACUUGCAGAUAUCUGGUUGUAUAAAGAACCAGUGAAACGACCAGUUGAAGAAGCAGUUGCUGAUUUAUUAAAUCAGUCUCUUACAAUCAAUCCUGACCCGCGUGUAUCUGUAUCUAUAGCAUCCGGUGAAGAAUAUGAAGUAAUUGGAGUUGGAGUGGACUUACCUCCUCGACCACCAUGCCCACGUGGUGCGCCAUUGACACAAGAACAAUGGGCUAAAUAUAAAGACCCAGAAGGAAGAAUUAAUAACCCUGAAGUUAUCAAAGAAAUUAUCUUUCGAGGGGGUAUUUGUCCGUCGCUACGUUUUGAAGUAUGGAAAUUUUUAUUGAAUUACUAUCCAUGGAAGUCAACACAUAACGAAAGAUUAGAACUUAAGAGGAAAAAGACUGAUGAGUAUUUCACGAUGAAAUUGCAAUGGCGUACAUUCACGCCCGCGCAAGAGAGUCGAUUUUCUGAUUAUAGGGAACGAAAAAGUUUGAUAGAAAAGGAUGUUAACAGGACAGAUAGAACGCACCCUUAUUAUUCGGGGGAUAAUAAUCCACACUUAGAACAAUUGUAUGAUAUACUCAUGACCUAUGUAAUGUACAAUUUUGAUUUAGGAUAUGUUCAGGGUAUGAGUGAUCUUCUUAGUCCUAUUUUGUUUUUAAUGGAUAACGAAGUGGACGCGUUUUGGUGUUUUGUUGGAUUCAUGGAUAAAGUGAGCACUAAUUUUGAGAUGGAUCAGAAAGGCAUGAAGGCACAACUAUGUCAAUUAUAUACAUUAUUGUGCACUACGGAACCACAACUGGCAUACUAUUUAAACAGACAUGAUUCUGGCAACAUGUUUUUUUGCUUUCGCUGGUUGUUGGUAUUAUUCAAGCGAGAAUUUAGCGCAAUCGAUAUAUUGAAAUUAUGGGAGAUCUUAUGGACCGAUUUACCUUGUAAAAACUUUCAUUUGCUCGUAUGUGCAGCUAUUUUGGACACGGAGAAAAAUAUUUUAAUAGAGAAUAAUUACGGAUUUACGGAAAUUUUAAAGCAUAUAAACGACUUGUCACUUCAUAUCGAAUUGCCUUGGACGAUCUCUAAAGCGGAAGGUAUUUAUUAUCAGCUGAUGUCUGUGGAACAUCAGAUUCCUGAUGACGUCCGUGUAAUUAUCGGAUUAGAACCGUUGCAUAAACCGUCAUCGACGAAUGGAAGCGAUGACGAGGCGUCGAGUAAUAACGUCCGAGCUAACGGACCUCGUAACAAUUCGAGGAGAAAUAGUUCAAGCAGCGCUAAUGUUAAACUAGGCGAUGACGAAGUAUCGUUUGAACGCGGUUUGAACUUGUCGUACAUGUGAAGUCAGGACUGGACCUUUAUAAUCAUUCAUUAACAGAAAGCUGGUUGAAAGUCUGUACAAACGAAAAAUAUAGUAUGUGUUGCAAUCUUUGAACCUUCAAACAGGUCUUACAUAUUAACUUAUAGUUUGAAAAUAUUAGUUGAUCUUAUAUUUUAAAUGUAUUAUCGACAAUAAUUUUCACAGCUUUCAACGAAAUGAUAUCGACACUUCGAAAGGGAACGUAAAAGUACGUUCUUAAAUAUGUAUCGAUCAAAUUUCUUUCAAUUGAAUCGUAGGUGUAAUCAUUUCUCUUUUGCUUUAAACGUGUGAUUGACUGAUUGUGAUCGAGAUUGAAAUUCUAAACCAUGAAAUGUAAAUGUAAUCGAUACGUUUCGAAAAAUAACUAAUGGUAGUGUUGAAUUUUGAGAUAUUUAUAACACUUGCUGCGUGUACAGAGACGAAGAUUAUAAUCAUUGUGCGUGCAAAUAUUUUAGCGCGAAGAAGAACUCGCGACGAUUGUGAUUGCGCAAUUUCUGCGGAAACGAAAUAAAGACAUCAUCAGACCUUGAUAAGUGUUAUAUACGCGUAACUCUCACUUAAGUUAUAAUCUCUUUUCUAGAUUUGUAUAAAGCUUCACUGUACAUUUCUAAUAAAAGAAAAUCACCUAUUUAAUCUUUCAUAC